GCUGGAUGUCUGUCCAAGAUGGCGACGCGCUGGGAGCGUAACAUCUGCGUUUCUAGGAGCUUCGCGCUGCAUAUGGUUUGAGACUAGGGGUUAGAGGCCCGCUCCGGAUUGGUGGUUUGGCUGGAACUUGGCCCGCAGAGAUGGCUCUGAGUAAAUCAAUGCAUGCAAGAAAUAGAUACAAGGACAAACCUCCUGACUUUGCAUAUCUGGCAUCCAAAUAUCCAGAUUUUAAGCAACAUAUUCAUAUAAAUCUGAAUGGAAGAGUGAGUCUUAAUUUUAAAGAUCCCGAAGCAGUCAGAGCUCUGACUUGUACUCUCCUAAGGGAAGAUUUUGGACUUUCUAUUGAUAUUCCAUUGGAGAGACUAAUUCCCACAGUUCCCUUGAGACUCAACUAUAUUCAUUGGGUAGAAGAUCUGAUUGGUCAUCAUGACUCUGACAAAAGUACUCUCCGAAGAGGAAUUGACAUAGGUACUGGAGCAUCCUGCAUCUAUCCUUUACUUGGAAGUACCCUAAAUGGCUGGUAUUUUCUUGCAACAGAAGUAGAUGAUAUGUGCUUCAACUAUGCAAAGAAAAAUGUGGAACAGAAUAACUUAUCUGAUCUUAUAAAAGUUGUAAAAGUACCACAGAAGACACUUCUGAUGGAUGCUCUUAAAGAAGAAUCUGAGAUAAUCUAUGACUUUUGCAUGUGCAAUCCUCCCUUUUUUGCCAAUCAGUUGGAAGCCAAGGGAGUAAACUCUCGAAAUUCUCGAAGACCUCCACCUAGUUCGGUAAAUACAGGAGGUAUCACAGAGAUCAUGGCAGAAGGAGGCGAAUUAGAGUUUGUUAAAAGGAUCAUCCAUGACAGUUUACAACUUAAAAAAAGAUUGCGGUGGUAUAGCUGUAUGCUGGGAAAGAAAUGCAGCCUUGCGCCUCUGAAGGAAGAACUUCGAGUACAAGGGGUUCCUAAAGUCACCUACACCGAAUUCUGUCAAGGUCGGACAAUGAGAUGGGCCUUAGCUUGGAGUUUUUAUGAUGAUGUAACAGUUCCAUCACCACCAAGUAAGCGAAGAAAAUUAGAGAAGCCAAGGAAACCCAUCACAUUUGUAGUGUUGGAGUCUGUGAUGAAAGAAUUAUCCCUCAAAGCAUCAUCUUUGGGCUCAGGGACAGUGGAAGAAGGCAUAGUAGUUGUGACGACAUGGAUUGAAAAAAUUCUCACUGAUCUUAAGGUCCAGCAUAAACGAGUUCCUUGUGGAAAGGGGGAAGUUAGCCUUUUCCUAACAGCCAUAGAAAACUCCUGGAUUCAUUUAAGGAGAAAGAAAAGAGAACGAGUGAGACAAUUGAGAGAAGUUCCUCGAGCUCCUGAGGAUGUCAUCCAAGCCUUGGAAGAGAAAAAGUUCACCCCCGAAGAGUCUGGCAGUAGCCAAGAUUUGGCCCAGGGCCCCCCAGAGAGUGGGCCUGCUCUACAGGAAGGCGAGUCAGCCACUGUUGAGGGCCAUGGCCCAGUCCAGGAUUCGCUUUUCCAGGAAGGAAACCCAGGACCCAUGGAGGAUGAAAGGAGUGAGGAAAAGGGAGACAUGGAGGUCUUGGAAAGUUGUAAAGGCUCUAGCAAUGGAGCCCAGGACCGAGAGGCUUCUGAGCAGCUCAUCAACCCAGUGUCUGAAAAAGAGCACCCUCUCCAAGGAGUGGCUGGACGUUACCUUUUCAAGUGUUUGAUAAACAUUAAGAAGGAGGUAGAUGAUGCCCUAGUUGAAAUGCACUGGGUUGAGGGUCAGAACAGGGAUUUGAUGAACCAGCUUUGUACCUAUAUACGUAACCAGAUUUUCAGGCUUGUUGCCAGUUAACUCCAAACUUCUUGCACAGUUGGAAAAGUUCUAUGAAGCAGCUUGCUUGGAGUGGCCUGUGGGGUGGCAAGAGGAAUUCUACCAUGGGUCUAUUGGUAGCAUUAUGUGGAAUUACCUUUAAAAACAAAAAUAAAUUAAUGCAUUUUUAGACCUCCCCCAACCCCCCUUUUUUAAGUUACAGGGCAUUGUAGUAUGGUAGUUCAGGAGGAAGAAUUGUGAUUAUCAGCAUCAACAAAAAGCCAUCAGAACACUCAUAAUGGAUUUAGACCUGAAUUAAACUGAUUACCUUAGCUUUAGACUGCUUCUUUGAGGCUAAAAGGAUUAUUUUUGGAACCUGGUCUGGGUCAGAACUGUACAGAGCAUCCUGCUUUCUCAUCCUCCAAAUGGAGGCAGUACACCUGGGCAGAUAGGCUCUGUGCCCUCUUCUAGUGUCACCUUGAAGACUGAAGACUUUCUCUGGGUACAUAUGAUUGACUGCCCCUGAGUCAGUCCUAGGAAAAGAACUGGCCUGAUGUAGAUGGCGGGAGAGUCAGGGAGAGGAAGCUUAGUAAUGCCAGAAGAGGGGCUGAUCUGGGGAGUGCCUGGAAACGUCACAUUCCUGACUCAUGUCCAUUUUGAUGUUGCUUAUUCCAGAAACAAUUAGGUAAGCAAAACUCCCAGAUAUGAGUGACUGAGACACAACAGAAUGAAGCCAUACCCUUCCCUCCAACCUGUUGAAAGUACUGUUUGUAGUAGUUUUACUAGUAUAUGACAUUUGAAAUGGAGCUUUGUUUUGUUUUUAAUAUAAGAGUAAUUCUGAAUUGAAAACUGUCCAUCCUGUUUGAAUCCUGGGGUUGGGGAAAUAUACUCUUGAGUUUGAAUGGGUGAAUGAUGAUAAAAAUAAGAAAUGGAGCAAGAUAGUUACGUUGCUUAAAUUCUCAUCUAUUGGCAGAUCAGUUGUAGCUGAUCAGUUACUACUUUGGUGUUGGUUCCUUAGUAAUCCCCUCUGUAUUUACCUACCUGUUAGCAUAGGAGAAUUCUGAGGCCAGGAUAACCAUGUUCUUAAAACAUGUUUCUAAUUGGAAUGUCAGGGUUCAGCAGGAAUGCCUCUGGAAAAGGAGUCUCAUUUUUUGUUCUCUUGGUGUUUUGGUUACUCUCUGUUGAGCUUCACUUUCAGCAGCCUAGCAUUCUAUUUAGACUGAAUUUUUUUGAGUAUGGUGCCAGACAGAGUCCCUUGUUACCUACAAAGAAGACCGGAGCAGAAUAGUUAAGCCACACUUUAGAAAGGUGGCUAUUGGUUAGGGCAGAAUACUGAUGACCUUGGCAUAUUUUGCCAGUAGCUAGGCCAGGCCCUCAGCAAAGAUACAGGAAAUGAAAAUAGGAUUAUGUUAUACCUGCCUGUAGCGAUGGAAACAGCUGCAGAAGAUAACAUAGUAACCCAUCAGUGUUCUUAACCUGGUCUGUGAGCCUCAAGAGAAUCCAUAAACCUCCUGGGUUGUUUGUAUUUUAUUAAAAAAAUUUUUUAAUAUAAUUUUAUUGAUGUCGGAGAGGAAGGGAAUUGAACUAUGACCUCCUCAUUCAUAGGUCGACACUCAAUCACUGAGCCAUGCCGGCCCAGCCUGGGUUGUUUUUAAAAGCUCUGUGAGCAUAUGUGUUUUGUUUCAUUUUGUUCCUGGAGAGAAGGGUUCCUGACUUAGAGCAGUCAGUAACCCACUCAGGAUUAGGAACCACUGUUCUAGUCCAACCUCUCAUUUGACAGGUUGAGGAGACCAGUCUUGGCCCAGGGUCACACAGAACCAAGAUUUAAUGCAUAGCCUUGGAUUCCUCUGGUCCAAUAAUCUGUGCUCACCCACACCAGCCUGCUCUAUUGACCUCUGAUGACACAUUUGAAUCAUAUGCCAGACCCAAACCAAGGUAAAUUUCUGUCUUGAUAGAAUUUUAGGGUAAUUGAGUUAGGAGGCAACUAGUGGCCAAUAAGUAUUUAUUUUUUGCUUGUUUGUGUCAUUAAAAAAAGAAUCUAGCAUGUGCUCAUUAAAGACUUGGAAAAGUGAAAGAAAACGGCAACAAAGUCACUCCAAGUCUCAGCCUUCUCAAACACAACCACUAAUGGUGUUUUAGUGUUUCCUUCUAGUCUCUCUUUCUGUAGAUGGGGUGUGUGAUUGGGUUUAACUUUGGUUGUACUCAUGCUGUGUAUUUAGUUUUUUUUUUUUUUAAUAUAUUUUAUUGACUUUUUACAGAGAGGAAGAAGGGAGAGAGAUAGAGAGUUAGAAACAUCGAUGAGAGAGAAACAUCGAUCAGCUGCCUCCUGCACAUCUCCCACUGGGGACAUGCCCGCAACCCAGGUACAUGCCCUUGACCGGAAUCGAACCUGGGACCCUUCAGUCCGCAGGCCGACGCUCUAUCCACUGAGCCAAACCGGUUUCAGCAUGUGUAUUUAGUUUUAUAUUACGCUUUUUUCAUUUUAUACCUUAUAAGUAUUUUUCCAUGUUAUAACAGUAGUGCAUUUAUUUAUACUCCUUGCCUGAUCAAAAUAUAUUUCAGGCACAGUAUUAGCCUUUGUUUAGAUCUAGUACUUAGAGAAUCCCAGAGAAUAAGCUAUGUAACUGGAGGCACCAAAGAUGUGUGCAAGUUUCAUUGUCCCAGGUUUAAGGCUUUGUGUCAUGGAGGAGGUUUUAUAGGUGUUGUGAAUGCACUUAGAGUUUAAAAGAUACGUGACAAGGGAAGCUUCCACUGCUAGAGCUGUGUCUUCUUUGCAUUUGGAUAUCUAACAAGAACAUUGAAAACAUUUUUUAAAAUAUAUUUUUAUUGAUUUCAGAGAGGAAGGGAGAGGGAGAGAGAGAUAGAAACAUCAGUGAUGAGAGAGAAUCAUUGAUCAGCUGCCUCCUGCACGCCCCACACUGGGAAUUGAGCCCACCACCUGGGCAUGUGCCCUGACCGGGAAUUGAACCAUGACUUCCUAUUCAUAGGUUGACACUCAACCACUGAGCCAUGCUGGCUGGGCCGUUGAAAACAUUUUUAAAAGACAUCUAAAAAUUCUUUAGGUAUGCAUGUACUUUAUAAUUGUGUGAUAUGUGAUGUGAUAGCAUAUAACUUUGGUAUAGGGGAAAGAGCAAUUUAUUUUCUUUAAACAAAUAGGUGAUUGCCCUGACUGGGUGGCUCAGUUGGUUGAGCUUUGUCUUGUGCACUGAAAGGUCACCAGUUCGAUUCCCAGUCAGGGCACAUGCUCAUGUUGUGGGCUUGAUUCCCUGGUCCUGGUGCAUGUGGGAUGCAGCCAUUCUGAUGUUUCUCUCUCUCUCUCCUUUCCUCUCUCUCUAACAAAAUCAAUAAAAAACAUUUAAAAAAAAAAAGGUUAUUGACCCAUGUAUCGUGUUGAAUGAUACUUGCCUUAAAUGUCUGGAGGUCACGUUCAUAUUGAUGGAUUGGUAUGGAAUUAAAUCUUUGUGGUAUGAUCUUAAAUUCUAUUCUGGUCCCUGGCACUGGCUUCUGAUCUCCUAUAACUCAAAUGGUAACAGAAGCUGAACUUGUUUUCCAAGGAGGACUAAAGCUGCUUUUGUUCUUUGGAAUCUGUUUUGCUUCCAACAGUUUGCUUCCCUGACCCCACAUCCUUGCCUGAUUUUUCACUUACCAGAGCAGUGCUCCAUGUCCUAGCAGGGUUGGCAUCUCUGUGGUAGAGUUUUCACUAAUUUUAAGAGUUCAUAUUGAUUACUUAAAACUUUGGUGUGUGUGUGUGAAUAUAUAUAUAUAACGAAAUCUCUCCUCUUGAUAUAAUUCAAAGCUUAUGAUGUGAUUACACCAACUUCUACAAGUAAUACAACUGCAAGGUGUGGAAAAGAUGGAAAACCCAAGGCCUCUUAAAAAGAGGUAGUAGCGCCCAGCUGGCGUGGCUCAGUGGUUGAGCACUGACCUAUGAACCAGGAGGUCACGGUUCGAUUCCUGGUCAGGGCACAUGCCCGGGUUGUGGGCUUGAUCCCCAGUAGGGGGCAUGCAGGAGAGGGCUGAUCAAUCGAUCGAUAAUUCUCUCUCAUCACUGAUGUUUCUAACUCUCUGUCCCUUUCCCUUCCUCUCUCUCAAAUCAACUAAAAAGAAAAAAGGUAGUAGCAUUUUAAACUACAGCAUUUUCCUCUGUGGCCACACGGGGGCACCUUUGGCCCUUUUUUCAUUCAAGCACCUUCACUGCACUGUGGGAAUGGAUUAAAUUGUGCGCUUGGUAUUUUCUUGAAAUACCCAUUUGCUACCCAGAUAAAUAUUUUUAUGUAAAUAAAAUUUGAAAAAUAAAAGUAGAAAGAAGAAAAAAAUCUAUUACCCUAUGGUCUUUUUAUCUGGACAUAAUUUUUCAACCUUUUAAUGUUUAUGGUCACAGUUGACUGUUUUUCUUUCCAUCUGUCCUGCUUCUCUAGAAUAUAUCCAAGUAGGAUCAGUCCUUUGGAUCAAACUUGAUAUCUAGUUAAUUAAGGUGCUGCAGGGGAAUGGUUAGUGAGCUUAAACAGUAACUUUUCAAAAGCCUUAUGUUAUAUGAAAAGUAAUACAGAGAGUUCUAAGAAAGAAACUGUUUUCAAUGUUCUUUUGUCUUCAUUCUUUUGGUUUAUCUGGCUGGCUGACUAGCAUGCAUGUAAUGUGUUGUUUACAUCAGUAGAUGGCACAGUUGGUUCUGUGUUGGUAUGUAUUUUAUAGGUUAGCUGGGCCUUCUUUCCCACAAGGGCUGUUUCUGUAUAGAACAUGUAUAUUACUAACCCUGGGGCCUGUGUGGGCUCAAGAAGAAGUUCCAUCCACUCUUAUUUUUAUGGCACAGGAUCAGAUGUUCUGGGUGGCCACCCAACAAAUAGAUCUGCACAUUAGGAGGAAGAAGGCCCAUUUUGGGAAACUGAAGAGCCCUCUGGGAGUAGGAAAGUCUCAAAGAUAACAGCAGUUUUAUAGCCAUCCAGGAAGUACCCUAGGAAAGGGACUUGGCCACAUUUUUUAGGGAAGUUGGUGCUUGAGAGAUUGGAUUUGCUGAAUGGGCAGUAACCCCAGUAAAACUCAGAGGCGGCUUGCUAGUAGAAUAAAUUGGCUUCUGCCUCCUGGAGCAGGGCAUUCAAGGUCCCGAACCUUUCUAAUGCUCCCCAGUACAAAUCUCUUGGUGCUCGUGCCAGCACAGUAUUAGCCCUACAUGGGUCUCACCCCGCUAGCAGCAGGGCCUCACAUACAUGCCAGAGAGUUCCCACUCUGCUCUGUAAAGGCAUUCAGAUCCUCUGCUGUGACUCACCCAAAUGACUAAAGCAGCAGUUUAUUAUUUUAAUUGCUGGUUGGAACAGCUAAUGCUGCCUUUUGGAGGAUAUGCUUUUACUCCAGGGACUAUGUUGUGACUGAGUGAAGGCCUUACACCGCCAGAUGCCCUUUGAGGUAUAGCCUACCCGCCCAUCUCAGCUGCUGCAAAAAUAUCAGAGACCCUGGGCUCUCCUCUGGGAAAUGGAAGAGCCAGGGAAAUGAGAUAAGAAGGGAUGAACUAGAAAGUGCGAGUGAACUUGGCAUAAUUGGCUUGUUUGUAUAUGCUGUUCUAAAGAGGGCAAAGGAUGUUUAAGUCCUAGGCUUUUUAGCCACCCUAAGGGAAUGAAAAACAAAAGAGCACAGGCAUCACCGUUCACCAGCCUCAGUUUACAUUCCAGUUCCACUUACAGACUAAGUCAAUUUCACUAAGCCUUGGCUUCCUCAUUCAAAAGAUGAGGAAUUCUUGCUUCCCAGAGUUACAGCAGCAGUUAAGUGAGAGAAGUACGAAAACAUCUGGAAGGGCAAACAAAGAGUGGGCUUCUCAACUUGUUCAUUUCUUGGUAUUCUUUGAGUUUUCAGUUUCUAGUCAGAAAAUCUUCCAGUAACUCCAGUGAAAAGUCCCAAGGCCUCAAGUAUAAAAUUGCAGGUGUAGACUGUCUCUUUUUGAACAAAAGCAAAAGUGAAGCUUCCAUGCACUGCAGAAGUGAACAAUAUUGAUUGGUCGUCUUUAUAUAAAUUGUAUCAUUUAGUAACCCUGCAAAAUGGUAUGGUUUCCUUGUGUGAUAGCUUUAAAAGAGAGGGAAGCUCAGAGAACUUAAAGUGACUUGUCCUAAAUUUAUUCACAAAGCUAAGUAAAAAAAAUGGUAUUUGAACUCAGGUCCAAAGAUUCAGGAUAACAGAUCUCAAGAUUUGGAAAUAAUUUGACCCACCUCUAGGGAAGGAGACAUCAAUUAUUUGACAGGGAAUAGACAAAAAGUAUCUCUUACCCAUUCUCACCGUUUUGCCCUUUGAGGUUAUAUUAUUUUCCAGCCUAUGAUCAAUGAGCAAGAUUUAAUAAGUGAAAUUACUUGUGAUUAGUUCUUAAUUUAUGCUACCAAAUUUCCAUAGAAUUUUGUAUUUGGCAGUCGUGCAGAUAAUUAAGUAGUUAGUGAAACCACAAAAUAAAAUUCUAGCGCAUGUACAUGUUGGAUCAGAAUCAAUGUAAAAUAACUAAAUAACUGAUAAUUAGGUAAUGACUCCUAGACAAUACCUAAUUGUAUAAUAAGUGAAGAAGGAUUUUUAAAAUAUUUUUAGUAGACAGCACUAAAUAUUUCACAUGCAGAACACAGAACUGGUGUGCUUUUUAAUCUUGCUGAAGAGGGUAGUAAUUGUCAGAAAAACAGCAAGUCAUCUUCCCUAGGUAGGGUGAGUGAACUCAAAAUCUGAAGAAAAGAAAAGGCUGCCUGCCAUCUGGUGGAGCUGUUCAGGGAGUGUGGCCUGGGAGUCUAGAAACCAGAGCCAGGAAAUUCUCAGCUGGGGGACUUGGCUGGCUCUAGCAGCCAGUCAGCCCCUAGGGAAAUGUGCUGCUGCUGCUGUCCAAAAGGGAAAGCCAUCCAGAGAGCACUGCUGGGCCGGGGCCGGGGCCUGGGUGAGGCAGGCCUGCUCCCAUAAAUUGGCUGGGAAAAGGGGGGUUUCUAGUCUGGUCCGACAGGAUCCUCAAUUCCAACUUGCUUGUCCAGGAUUCCUGCCUUGAGAGCCAAAAUGGGCAUUAUGGACCAAACUCUGGCCUGUAUUUCAGUGUUUCAGUGACCUAGAUGAGCACUAAUAAGGACUUUUUCAUUCACAAAGGGAAGUACAGUACUUCCUCAUCUUCUACCCCAGGGGCCAGGCAACAAGGGAUAGCUCAUGCUCUGACUAAAAGGAAGUAGCUUUUAUUCAGUUCCUGUUGGUUAUUGCCAUGUAAAAAUAGGUGCCCAGUGUUGUUGGAUCUUUUCAUUUCUUUUUUUUAUUUUAUUUGGAAUAUAUAUAUUGUUUAUAGUAUUACAUAUAGUAUUACAUAUGUCUCCUUUUCCCUCCAUUGACUUCCCCCUGGUCACCCCCACCCCCAGCACAUGUCCUCACGCUCUUAGUGUUUGUGUCCAUUGGUUAUGAUUAUAUGCAUGUAUAAGUCCUUUGAUUGAUCUCUUACCUCCCCUGGAUCUUUUCAUUUCUUUGAGGGAAGUCAGAAAUCCAGAUUUGUGAGAAAUUUACCUAAUUGUAAAUCUUAAUUCAGUAUUUUAGGAAAAGCUAGUAUGUGACCUUUUCUACCAGCAGGUGUUAGAACUAUAAAUAUUUGCAGCCUUCACUGUCCUAAUUCUCAUUUACUUCAACUACUGAACUCUAGUUCCUGCCCACCCUCCUUUUUUUUAGAGUUUUCACUCUCUCUAAAAUCAGUGGGGAAACUUCAGAGCUAAGCAUCAGAAAGAUAAGAGUUAGAUAGGUUUGAGGGGGGAGAUGAAAUCUGCUUUUGGGGGUAAAAUGGGACAGCUUUCAGAAUAAAGACUAGUAAGGGAAGUAGACCCACAGCAAUAGGUCGGGUUAGUUGAGAACAAGAAGUAUGAGCCCCUGGCCAGGUAGUUCAGUUGGUUGGAGCGUUGUCCUAUACACCAAAAGGUUUCAGGUUCGAUUUCCAGUCAGGACACAUACCUAGGUUAUGGGUUUGAUCCCCAGUUGGAGCACAUAUGGGAGGCAACCGAUCAUUGUUUCUCUCUCACUCUCCUUUUUCUCUCUCAAAUCAGUAAAAACAGUGGUUGAGCGUUGACCUAUGAACCAGGAGGUCACGGUUGAGCCAUCAGGGCACAUGCCUGCGUUGCAGGCUCGAUCUCCAGUGGGGGGGGGGGGUGUAAGAGAUAGCCAAUCGAUGAUUCUCUCUCAUUAUUGAUGUUUCUGUCUCUCUCCCUCUCCAUUCCUUUCUCUGAAAUCAAUAAUUAGUUAACUGCCACACGUCCAAAACGGAAACCAUCCCCACACGCCACAAUAUUUUGAAUUUAAUUUAAAAAAUCGAUUUGCAAUGAAUAUUAUAAAAAUAAAUAUAUUACAAUUUGGGUGUUCUUGGAUAGAAAAUAUGACCAAGGUCAAAUUAUGUUCUGUGUUCAUUUUUCUAUCCAGCUGAAAAUUCUCAUGAAAAAUUAUUUUAAAGUUAGGGCUGUCACUUAGGGAAAUUUUUUUAUUUUUUUUUAGACGCACGUGAUGUGUGGGGAAGGUCUGCCGCUUGAGUCUACAGACACUUAUGGCCUAAAAUGGGUUAAAAAAAACCACACAUUUAAAAUCAAUAAAAGCAUAUCCUCAGGUGAGGAUUAAAAAAAAAGUAUGAGGCCUUUCCUGAUAAAACACAGGAAAACUUUUUUCCCCUUUGACAUAAUUUCAUUUUAUAAAAGUAAUGCAUUUUCACUAUACAAAAUUUAUAAGAUAAUGAAUAAAGAUUUACAAUUCCAUUACUCAAAUGGAAUUAUUUUACAUUUUACCUAUCUUAGUGUUUUUAUAUAUGUAUAUAUUUUUAAAUAGUAAAUGUGGGAUCAUAUUGUAUAUUACUGUUUCAUAAUUUUUGCAUUUAGCAAACAUUAUGAUAACAUUUGCUAAUUAUAAAAUUAGUCUGUGUCAGAAAACUUGUGAAAAUAAAAAUUACCAGUAAUCACACUGCCCAAAGACAAUCAUCAUUAAUAUUUUGGUUUAUUGACAACCUUGUUCAUAUGCUGUAUUCGAGUGUUACUUCACUAAACCAAUUGUUUCUUGUUGGAAAUUUAGGUUUCCUGCUUUUCACUAUUGUAAAUAAUGCUUUAGUGAAUAUCUUUAUACAAAUAUUUAUUUACUUAUUGCUUUAAUAUAAGUUUAUGUAAGAAUCACUGAAGCAGCCCUGGCCAGUGUGGCUCAGUUGGUUGAGCAUCGUUCCCUGCACUGGAGGGUUGCCUGUCCAAUUCCGGGUCAGGGCACAUGCCCAGGUUUUGGGCUCAAUCCCCAGUAGGGCAUGAAGGAGACAGCCAAUCAAUGUCUCACUCUCACAUCGAUGUUUUUUCUCUCUCCCUCUCCUCUAAAAAUCCACUAAAAAUGUUUAAAAAAAAAAAUCACUGGAGCAGAGGAUAUGACUCUUUUAAAGGCUCUUUUAAAAAUAUACAUUUUUUUUUUUUAUUGAUUUUAGAGAAGAAGGGAGAGGGGGAGCGAGAGAAACAUCAGUGAUGAGAGAGAAUCAUGGAUUGGCUGCCUCCUGCACACCCUCUACUGGGGAUCAAGCCCUCAACCCAGGCAUGUGCCCUGACUGGGAAUGGAACCAUGGCCUCCUGGUUCAUAGGUCAGCGUUCAACCACUGAGCCAUGCCGGCCAGGCUUUUAAAGGUUCUUUAUAUAUUUUGCUAAUUUGCUCACUAAAAAGGUUGUACUAGUUUACAUUUUUAUAAGUGCUUGUCUUUACCACACGUUUGAUAGCAGACUAAUUUUUAGAAACCCUUUUAAUAUAUAGGCGAGAAUAUUUUCAUUGUUUUAAUUUUAUUGUGUUAUUGGCAAGGUCAAACAUUUUCAUAUAUUUACACAUAUUUAUGUUGUAUAUAUUAUUUCAUAUGUUGUUUUAUAAAUUUUAAAUUAUGUUCUGUGUUCAUUUUUCUAUCCAGUGUUCUUUUUAUUGAAUUGCAAAGGCACAUCUUACCAAUAUUUUCCUCCAUUUUAUCAUUAACCUUUUCCUUUUAUUUAUGGUGAUUUUGUUUGUUUUUACAGUUAAGGAGCUUUUAGAGGGUUUAUGUAAUCAAAUAUGUCAGGCUGUCCCUUUAUAUUUCCUUUGUUUGCCUUUAUGCGUAGACACCUCAUUCACCCUAGGAGCAACAAAAAUGUCUGCCUAUAUUAUAUUAUGGCUCUUUUUGGCAUUAUUUUUUACAUUUAAGACUUGAUGUUGGUUUAUGGUUUGAGGUUUGAGGACCUGUUUAACAAAUGGUUGAGAGUUAUCACAGAGUAACACAUUAGAAAGAUGACUGGUCAGCUCCAGCACUGCCAUCUGAGGUGUCUCUGAUGGGUAUGGGGACUUGAGCACUGUGAGGCUGAGUGGAUGUACUAUCCCAGCCCCCAGCCUGGAGGGGUGGGAGAGGCACAGGCUGACAGUGGCUCCUGGAGUGUCCUGGAGUAUCCCUAGCACUGCCCAGUAUACACUUUCCCAAUGGGCCCAGGGGCCUUGGUAAGAGUUCUGGUUGCAGGCAUGGAGCUGAGCCCUGGAUCUAGUCUAGGCAGUCUAUUCAGGCCACUGCUCUGGACCUUGUAUAGUCUUCUGAAAGGGCAUCAGUUAGAGUGCAGGCAGCUGAUCUCUUGGGUUUUAAAGACUUGAUCCUGCAGCCUUGCUUUUAGGUAUGAGCUUGGAUUGCCGGGACAGUAGAACUUAGUCCUUUCUGGGGGGGCACUGAUUGCAUUCCAGCCCUGUACCCUGGGAGGGGCCUUCUCUAUCAUCAACAUCCCCCACUCUAACUGAUCCAGCUGGCUCUUAACUCAUUUUGAAGACUUUACCUUUCUCUACUAACUUUGUCCAGUCUCACUCCAUAACCUGAAUUAGUUUACUCUAAAGCCACAACUUCCUUCCCCGAACCCCGCCAGAGGACUAACUGAAGCCCUCAUCCUUUCCCUUGUGCCUUUUUCCACUUUAUCAGCUUCCUCCUUCCUAAGUCAUCCACAUCCUAAGUCUCUCUGGCUGCAUAGUGGCUAGCCUCUUUGGUUUCUCAGAAAAGCUCAUAGUGCUGGCUCCUCCCUUUUUGCUUUUGAACUGCAUAUCUUUCCUUAUUACUCAGUGUCCACACCCAGGGCGGUUGCCUGGAUAAAAAUCUGCCCCUUCCCCGAGUCACCUUUUUAGGCCAGCUCCCCCUGAAGUAUCCCUGCCUACCCAGGCCCAGUUAGAAACUCCUAAUUCCUCAGAGUGGCCUGAGGCAGUGCAGUGUCCUCUGAGAUCCUCUGCUUUGCCUUCUCAGUCAUUUGCUAACCUUGUUUAUUGAGCACCACUGAGCAGAGUUAAUGAGGAUUCCUGUCCUUAGCCUGGAAGGAAGAGGUUAUUUCCCUACCGUCAUCCAUUUCUGUGAGGUCUUCAGGACUCUGGACUCACUACCCCAGCUGGCCUGUUUCACACAGUCAAAGGAGAACCAGGCCACCUCUCAUCCCAGCUGACACUAAGCAGCUUUGAGACCUUGGAUACCUUCUCUUGGGAGUUUGGACCCAGUGAUCUCAACUCUUCUAGCUGUGACACGUGUGAGGCAAUGAAGAGGGGAAAGUACAUAAUGGCGAGGUGGAACUUGAUUGUACCUGUUCCGUAGGUUCAGGAAAAGUCCUUUGACAACUCACAAGGAGUGGAGGAUGGUAGGUAAAGACUUAGAUGGAAACUUCGGGCGCUGGAGAGCCCACUUCAUUGAUGAUUGAAUGAGUACUCUAUAGGAUUCACCUCUAUUAAAGUAAUUCAAAACCCUGGUCAUCAUUCAGGGUAGGCUUAUCAGGAAUCAGGUUCAGCUGGCUAACCCUACUUGAAAUCCACUUAGUUUUUCUUAUUCCUUCUUACAAAAAAUAUGAUUAUUGGGGACCCUAACCUUCUAAAAUGAGUAUCUCUUUUAGUACUUUAUGGGCCUUUAUGUAAUCAUAUGAUCUUGUGCUACAUCCAGCACUAUGGUAGAGAACAAAGCUAGCCUUUUGCAGGUAUUAUAUGGAGUUCUGCUCUGUGACCUUUACCCCACUCUGGCUUACCAAAGGAUCACCUGGCCUUGGCUACAAGGAUACCCAGCCCAGUGCUGGCACAUGUUAGGCACACAAUAAAUAUUUGUUAAAUGAA